AUGAUGCACAGCACAGAUGUCUCUGAUAUUGAGCAAUUGGGUCAGACUGCUCAGAUCAGUGAUCAGUCUGGAACAUUUAUGUUGUUAGUCAAGAAGAAUUAUAAAGAGUCUCAGAUUUCAGAUGACAGCAAGAUUAAAUCAGUAUAUGAACAGCUUCUUGAAACAGAUUCUGAUUCUAAUUCACAGAUCUCUAGUCUCUCAACCAUGACUGUUAAUGUGGCUGCCAGUGUUGUUGAGUCAGUGAUGAUCAGUAUGGACAGUCUCUUUGUAGAAGAUGAUCUGAUCAGAGACACUCAAUUAUCAUCUGAGCUGAAAAUGAAGUCUGUCAGUGGCACUAAAAGUAGCUGA